AUGGGCCUAUGCACCAGCUGCCUUGGGCGGCGUGAGAGGCAGGAUGACAGCAGCAGCUGGGAUCAGGUUGAUCUGCCCCAAAUCCUGCCAACAGUUGAGGAUACCAAGCUGACAAUCACAACUGGCCGAGGGACGCUGCGAGGUGAGGAUGAGGAGGAAGAAGAGUUUGAGCUCGUCACUUUCAAAACCAUGCUUGAGUUUCGCACAAGAUACUCGCGCAACAAACAGCGUUCUAGAAGUGCACCUCCCAAACUGCUCGGGCACCAGCAGAUUUCUCCUGAGAAGAUGCGGGGCUUGGAGAUGGUGCGGAGUGCAGAGCAACGAGUCAUUGAGCCUGAACACCGGCAAGAAGAUGUAGAGGCGAAGGCCGUUCACCUCCUGAGUCAUCCUAGUGAUGAUCAAUUCGAGCCGCCGCCAUUGACAUUCGAGCUAUUCGCGGGCAUAACAGCUGCCAGGCGCCUUCGGAUCUGGCGUACAUUGCCAGAGCGACCGCACGCCUGUGGCAACACCUGCGCUGCCUGCUGUUCGCUGUAUAAUACAGAAUGGCGGCUGGCAUCAAUGUGUCACAUUCCGGUUGGGCGGCAGCCGGGCGAUCCUCCUCUAUGUAAAGAUUUGGAGGUGUUUGAUGAUGUUCCAGAGCAUGAUGUAUACCGAGGAAUUGCCUAA